CUUUGAGGAGGAAAUCGCUGCUCUCUGCUCCUUCCUGUAGUAACAGCCGCCGCCGCCGCCGCCGCCACCAGGAGCCCGGGCCGGGAGCGAGCGCCGGCCCCACGGCCGGACGGCUCGGCACGACUAGGUGAAAGGACAUGGCGGGCUGGAUCCAGGCCCAGCAGCUGCAGGGAGAUGCGCUGCGCCAGAUGCAGGUGUUGUACGGGCAGCACUUCCCCAUCGAAGUCCGGCAUUACUUAGCACAGUGGAUAGAGAGCCAGCCGUGGGAUGCCAUCGACCUGGACAAUCCCCAGGACCGAGCGCAGGCCACCCAGCUCCUGGAGGGCCUGGUGCAGGAGCUGCAGAAGAAGGCGGAGCACCAAGUGGGGGAAGACGGGUUCUUACUGAAGAUCAAGCUGGGGCACUACGCCACGCAGCUCCAGAACACGUAUGACCGCUGCCCCAUGGAGCUUGUCCGCUGUAUCCGCCAUAUUCUGUACAAUGAACAGAGACUGGUCCGAGAAGCCAACAAUGGUAGUUCUUCUGCUGGGAUCCUGGUUGAUGCCAUGUCCCAGAAACACCUUCAGAUCAACCAGACAUUUGAGGAGCUGCGACUGGUCACGCAGGACACAGAGAAUGAGUUGAAGAAGCUGCAGCAGACUCAAGAGUACUUCAUCAUCCAAUAUCAAGAGAGCCUGAGGAUCCAGGCUCAGUUUGCCCAGCUGGCCCAGCUGAACCCGCAGGAGCGUCUGAGCCGGGAGACGGCCCUCCAGCAGAAGCAGGUGACCCUGGAGGCCUGGCUGCAGCGCGAGGCCCAGACGCUGCAGCAGUACCGCGUGGAGCUGGCCGAGAAGCACCAGAAGACCCUGCAGCUGCUGCGGAAGCAGCAGACCAUCAUUCUGGAUGACGAACUGAUCCAGUGGAAGCGGCGGCAGCAGCUGGCCGGGAACGGAGGGCCCCCCGAGGGCAGCCUGGACGUGCUACAGUCCUGGUGUGAGAAGUUGGCGGAGAUCAUCUGGCAGAACCGGCAGCAGAUUCGCAGAGCUGAGCACCUGUGCCAGCAGCUGCCCAUCCCCGGCCCAGUGGAGGAGAUGCUGGCUGAGGUCAACGCCACCAUCACGGACAUCAUCUCAGCCCUGGUGACCAGCACAUUCAUCAUCGAGAAGCAGCCCCCUCAGGUCCUGAAGACCCAGACCAAGUUUGCAGCCACCGUGCGCCUGCUGGUGGGCGGGAAGCUGAACGUGCACAUGAACCCCCCCCAGGUGAAGGCCACCAUCAUCAGUGAGCAGCAGGCCAAGUCUCUGCUCAAGAACGAGAACACCCGCAACGAGUGCAGUGGAGAGAUCUUGAACAACUGCUGUGUGAUGGAGUACCACCAGGCCACAGGCACCCUCACUGCCCACUUCAGGAACAUGUCGCUAAAGAGGAUCAAGCGCGCUGACCGACGAGGCGCAGAGUCUGUGACAGAGGAGAAGUUCACGGUCCUGUUUGAGUCUCAGUUCAGCGUCGGCAGCAAUGAGCUUGUGUUCCAGGUGAAGACCCUGUCCCUUCCUGUGGUUGUCAUCGUUCACGGCAGCCAGGACCACAAUGCUACCGCCACAGUGCUGUGGGACAAUGCCUUUGCUGAGCCAGGCAGGGUGCCGUUCGCGGUGCCCGACAAAGUCCUGUGGCCGCAGCUGUGCGAGGCACUCAACAUGAAAUUCAAGGCCGAAGUGCAGAGCAACCGGGGCCUGACCAAGGAGAACCUUGUGUUCCUGGCGCAGAAGCUGUUCAACAGCAGCAGCAGCCACCUCGAGGACUACAACGGCAUGUCCGUGUCCUGGUCCCAGUUCAACAGGGAGAACUUGCCCGGCUGGAACUAUACCUUCUGGCAGUGGUUUGAUGGGGUCAUGGAGGUGCUGAAGAAACAUCACAAGCCCCAUUGGAAUGAUGGAGCCAUCCUAGGUUUUGUGAAUAAGCAACAGGCCCAUGAUCUGCUCAUCAACAAGCCCGAUGGAACCUUCUUGUUGCGCUUUAGUGACUCAGAAAUCGGGGGCAUCACCAUUGCCUGGAAGUUUGACUCUCCGGACCGUAACCUGUGGAAUCUGAAGCCAUUCACCACGAGGGAUUUCUCCAUCCGAUCUCUGGCCGACCGGCUGGGAGACCUGGACUAUCUCAUCUACGUGUUUCCAGACCGGCCCAAGGAUGAGGUCUUCUCCAAGUACUACACUCCUGUGCUCGCCAAAGCAGUGGACGGAUAUGUGAAGCCACAGAUCAAGCAAGUGGUCCCUGAGUUUGUGAGCGCCUCUGCAGACUCUGCUGGGGGCAGCGCCACCUACAUGGACCAGGCCCCCUCUCCAGCUGUGUGCCCCCAGGCUCAUUAUAACAUGUACCCACAGAACCCUGACCCCGUCCUUGACCAGGAUGGAGAGUUCGACCUGGAUGAGACCAUGGAUGUAGCCCGGCACGUGGAGGAACUCUUACGCCGCCCGAUGGACAGCCUGGACCACCGGCUCUCCCCGCCUACUGGUCUCUUCACCUCUGCCAGAGGCUCGCUCUCGUGAAUGUUUGAACCCCACACUUCUCUUCGGAAACAAUACUCAAUAUGAAGAGUUCAUAUUCAGUGUGAUUUUAUUUUUCUAUUGCUGUGCCUGUUGAUGGCUUUGCAGGCAGCACACGGCCCUGUGCACGUGUGCGUGCGUGUAUCUGUGUAUGAGGUGGGCCCGCCUCGCCUUCGCAGUCCCAGGCACGUGGCUGCAGCAGCCGCUGCCUCUUUCUUCAGAGAGAGGUGUUCCAAGAGCCCACUGGGUCUGUCCUUUGCAGGUACUCAAUGCAGGCAAACCAACUCCUGCCAGAGCCUUUGUCUGCCCAGCAGCUGUUUGGAAGAAAUUAUUCAAGAAGGGAAAAGAGACAGGUAAUGAAUGUCUCUAAGCUCCAUUGUGACUCCUGAGUUAGAAGCUUCACCUCCCAAGUGUGUGUGCAUCUGCUCUUGUACAGAGCAACAUACGUGUUGGUCUCUUGAUUCUUCCUCACAGGAGGGAGGCUGGGGUUCAGUUUUGAGAGAUAUUUUAUACUUUGAUGAAUAUGGACUUCAGACUUUUUGUGAACUGAGCUGAUCUAGGCCAUGGCCAUGUUCCUAACAGCAGAAAUGGGUGAUUUUCGUUGGGGCCUGUUGGAGCUGCUCUGAGUAUGGCGUUUCUAGGCCUCUUGGCCUCCAACCAGGGGGCUCUGGCUUCAAGUCUAUGAGGCCACUGCCCACAAGCCUACUCUUUCCACCCAUUACCCCCUUCCCUCCGGCCGGCCUCAGCCUUCUUUCCUCACCUGUCUUACUUACUUCCUACUUACUUAUGGGAAAGGUGAAGGGGAGUGGGGGAGACUGCACUAGGACGUGGUGGUGACCAGAAGGCCCAGGGCUUGCAGGGUUGAUCCCUUCCCCUCUUGGAAAAAAACCUGCUGCAAGAAGCAGCAUCAGGGGCCUGCCGCACGCCUGUGGAGUCUGGAGUGAGGGGUAAAAGCUGAUUGCCUUCCGCUGUGCUGGGAGGUGGAACCUGGAACAGGCUUCAUCACAGUUGCAUAACUGGCUGUGGUCUGAGGCCUGGCUCCCAACCUCACACACUUCUCCCUCUGAGGCUGCCGCGUGCAGCCCAGGGCAGUGACUGGGAGUCCCAGGUUGACACAUCUCUAAAGGAAGGUGGGGAUGAGAAGAGGGAUUCUUUUGUACUUUGUACAUAGGCCAUACAUCUGUGUAAACUGUGUUUUUGAAUAAAUUUUUUUUUCCAUAAA